AUGAACGGCUCUCCAUGCUCAAUCAGGAGAAGGCCACCGCCAAGAAACAAGCCUAGCAACAAUGAGCUCGAUAUCAAGACUUUCUCCUUCACCCCAGUCGACGAAGCGAUCUGCCAACUAAAUUCCCAUCGUUAUGGGCUCACAGCAGAGGUCUCGGCUUCACGAUUAGUGGAAUAUGGCGAAAAUAUCCUGUCCACCAAGAAACCUCCGACCCGGCUAAUGAUCGCAGUUAGGUCUUUUUGUGCCUGGUUCAACAUCUUGUUGCUCAUUGUUGCAAUUAUGUCUGCGAUCAGUCAACCUCCCGACUGGAGCUCGUUCACGAUUGUCAUGAUCACAAUAGUGCUUGCAUCGUGCAUACAAUUCUUCCAGGACUGUGCUGGAACUGCUGCUGCAAUAAAGCUCCAAGCUGCUAUCCUAACAACUGUCUGUGUCAGGAGAUUUGAGUCUGCUGAGAGCCACAAUAAUGUAAUGAUUGAUCAGAAGCAUUUGGUGCCAGGGGAUAUCUUAUGUGUUGACCCAGGGGAUACAAUUCCAGCAGAUUGCAUUGUUAUCGAGGCAGAUGAUCUCUCAAUCAGUCAGUCUAGUCUUACGGGCGAGAGCGAACCUCAGCGGAAAACUUCUUCUUACCAAAUGGGGGAGUAUGGCACUGAAGCACUCGAACUAGAAAAUGUUCUAUAUAUGGGAACAAAUGUGAUUUCAGGGCACGGGGUUGCUCUGGUUGUCAAGACAGGGGAUGAUACCUAUAUUGCUAGAAUCAUGAAGCAGCUGAACCAGAGGCAACUUUUGACGGUGUUUCAACGAGGAAUUCGACUUGUGACAUGGAUGAUGCUUGGAUUUAUGGUCAUCAUGGUGCUUGUUGUCAUCCCCAUAAAAGGGCUAAGCACCGGUAAAUGGCUUGUUUCAUUGAUGUUCGCCUCAAGCAUUGCAGCUGGGCUCGUGCCUGAGAUGUUGCCCGUGAUUGUCAAUGCCAAUCAAGCAAGAGGAGCAUAUGCGUUAUUUAAGCGAGGAGCAAUAGUUCAACGUCCGGAUUCAGUCCAAAGCCUAGGUGCUUUGAGCAUUUUAUGCAGUGAUAAGACUGGAACCUUAACUAACGAUGAAGUCACCCUGAGCCAUUGCAUUGAUCCGCUGGGCAACGACAGCUCGUCGGUUUUGCUUUUAGCACAGACCAAUGCUAUGAGUCAAAGUGGCAAGAAGAACGCAAUCGAUGCCGCAACCCUGACGCACGCUGCCGAGACCGAAAAGAUGGAAGGAUUAGGGACCAAGAUUGCCGAGAUCCCUUUCACAUUUGAAGCACGGAAAGCGAGUUGCGUCACACGAACAAAUUCUGGCAGAAUGAUUCUGACCUGCAAAGGAGCUUUCGAAGAAGUGUUGUCAGUUUGCUCCUCUAUUCGAAUAGCGGGAGACGUUCUCCAAAUUAAUGAGAAACGCCUCGAUCUCGUGAGAAGAGUUCGGAGAUUCAACGCAGAUGGCUACCGAGUGAUUCUCGUGGCGACAAGAGAUAUUUCUAAGUGUUAUCGAGAUGACGGUGCUUUCAAUUUCCAAGGUCUCGACACCGAUUUGACAGUCGAAGGGCUUCUGACUUUUCUGGAUCCGCUUAAGGAUGAUGCAAAAUCUUCGGUGGCUCGAUUGCAAGAACUUGGAGUUGAUACUCGAAUUCUUACUGGCGAUAAUCUGGGUGUUGCUUUGAAAAUCUGCCGUGAUCUUAAUCUUGUCCAGCAAACGGAUGAGGUCUCCGAAGCCAUUACAGGCGCCGAGUUGGCAAAACUGGAAGACACGGACGAUUUUCACAAAACGAUCAAACACUGCAAAGUUUUUGCCAAACUGACACCUAUCCAGAAAGGGCAGGUCAUUGAUAGCUUGAAGCUUCAAGGAGAAGUUGUGGGGAUGCUCGGAGAUGGCAUUAACGAUGCUAUUGCCCUAAGAAAGGCGGAUGCUGGCAUAUCUGUUCACACAGCCACCAACGUUGCCGAAGAUUCUGCCGACAUUCUGCUGAUGGACAAGAACCUUUCCAUAAUCAUCUAUUGCGUUGUUAUAGGACGUACCACUCAAGGCAAUACGAUCAAAUAUCUGAAGAUGGCGCUCGCAUCUAGUUUUGGCAAUACCGUCAGCAUUUUGGCUUCUACUGCAUGGCUCCCAUUUAGUGCAAUGAGUGCAACCCAGCUGCUGGUCCAAAACCUUUUGUUCGACACAUCGCUGUCCACUCUUCCUUGGGACACGGUAGAUGAAGAAUACCUCGCUGUGCCUCAACCAUGGCGGAUUUGGGAUAUACUCAGAUACGAAGAUCAUGGCAUAAAUACAAUUGAUUUCGCUACAUUCUUUCUAAACUGGUUCUACUAUGGCCUUCGGUCUGGGACGGACAUUGGGGCUAUCAAGGCUUUCCAAUCCAACUGGUUUCUGCAGGGGAUUUUGAGCCAAACCCUCAUGGUCCACAUCCUUCGCACCGGCAAACUCCCAUUCGUUCGCAGCCAUUCCGCCAGAUCGGUCUAUAUCAGCACAUUCCUGGUCUCUGCUGUGGGAAUCUUGAUAGUCUAUAUCCCCCCUAUUGCGAACACUUUGCAGAUGGUCGGACCCAAGGGAAUGUUCGACUUAAUUCUCCUUGGUUUGUUAGUUUCGUUUUCGGUGAUCCUUGAAUUGUGUAAGAUGCUUUACAUCGAACUGUUCAAGAGGUGGCUAUAG